AUGCAGAAGCGGAUCCAGCGUGUUCCUUCUCUCUCGGAAGCCACGCUGUCAGGGCCUGUCCAGCAGGAAGGGAGCGUGGAGGGGCAAGCCGGCAUCAUCUCGCUGCUCCGGCUGCUUUCUCUCCACAAGGAAAGGGCUGGCUCCCUGGGUGCACCUCCCUUGCCGCGAUUCCUGCUCACCGAAUUCUCCAACCCCGCUUUUGAGGAGGAUGGAGAAGGAGUGCCCCCAAAGCAACUGGACGGCGAAAGCAGAAGCAGUGUGAAGCUCACGGCCAACGGUUUUGCCAAACAGGUCCAGGACUCAGCGAGUCGGAAGUUCAGGCCGGACUGCAAGUUCUCCUGGUUCUGCGUGGCCAUUCUCAGCACCGUACUCCUCCUGCUCUUGGCCUUACUGGUGGGCGUCAUUGUCGUCUCCCGGGGCCUGUUCCUCUCUCCCCCUGCAGCGUGUGGGGGCAUCCUACGUGGGCCAGGGGGCUCCUUCAGCUCCCCACAGCACCCCGCCCACUACCCUCCCAACAGCCGGUGCAAAUGGCACAUCCAGGUGGCCGCCAGGAUGGCCAUCCAGCUCAAGGUGGAGCUGCUGGACGUGGAGAAUUCAGCCUCGUGCCUCUACGACCGCCUGGAGAUCUCUCCCUUCCCUGGUGGCUUUUGCAGGUACUGCGGCUCCGUGGCACCUGCAACAAUCAACACCAACUCCAGCCGGUUGCAAGUCAUCUUUGUGUCUGAUGAUAAUAUUGCUGCUUCGGGAUUCAGGGCCAGGUAUCGGGCCAUCUUGCCCAGUGAAAAAAACUGUUCCUGGGAUGAGUUUCUCUGUGACCAAGGAAGGUGCCUUCUCCCCACUGAAGUGUGUGAUGGAUACCUAGACUGUUACGACAAGAAAGAUGAAACGAAUUGCAGCAUGAAACCCAAAGGCUGUGGGGGAACACUGACCGGCUUGGAGGGACAGCUCUUCUCCCCAAAUUACCCCCAGCCAUAUCCACAUCUGCAGCUCUGUCUCUGGCAUAUCUCGGUGCCCGAGGGCCACGUGAUCGACUUGCAUUUCCUCAACUUCAGCCUGGAGUCGCAGGAAGACUGCAACUACGACUUUGUGGAAGUGUACGACAGCGCAGGGAUGGGGACCAGUAGCGUCAUGGGCAGGUUCUGCAGUUCCAAUGUGCCUCCUCGCCUCACCUCGUCACAACAUGUCAUGACGGUCCUGUUUGUGGCAGAUGAGGGCAUCACGGACGAUGGGUUUUUUGCCAUCUACCGGGCACACAGCGCCGUGGAGAAAACGUGCAGCCCCGUGGAGUUUGCCUGCAACAAUGGUGAGUGCCGGCCACAGGAGGUGGCCUGUGAUGGCUGGCACGAUUGCCCCGACGGAAGUGACGAACUCAACUGCACCAGGGUCUCCUACCCUUCCCUUGAGCCACUCUGCGAGCCGGUCGAGGUGGAGAUGUGCUUGGGUCUCAGCUACAACACCACCUCCUUUCCUAACAUCUGGAUGACUAUCCCAGAUCAGCAGGGGGCCGAGGAGCUGCUCCAAGACUAUCUGAUGCUGAGGGAGCUCACCUGCUACCCGCACCUGCGCCUGCUGAUGUGCGGCCUUUUCGUCCCGAAAUGCACGCCGGAGGGAGGCGUCCUGCAGCCGUGCCGGUCCGUGUGCCGGGAGGCUGAGCAGCGCUGCCAACAAGCCCUCGGCCUCCUCGGCGUGCCGUGGCCCCUGAACUGCAACGUCCUUCCCGAUUCCAGCAACCCCCUGGAGUGCUUCCUGCCAUGA